UUGAUUAAACAUCAUUAUCAGUGUCUACAUUAUAAAGACAGAAAGGAGAGUUGGCUAGUUGUAAUUCCAAAGAUGAUGCUGUAUGGGAUUUGGUGUAUCGUAAUUGUUUUCUUAAAAUUAAUCAGACCAGCAGAAGCUGGGUUAUGUGAUAAAGCAGUCACAUGCAGCAGCCAAUGCUCAUCCCGUAAACAUUACACAACCGCGUGUGGAUUUAUGGGUUGGCAACGCUGUUCCAAAUACAGGACGAAGUAUAAUACGUGUUACAAGACGUGUUACAGUAAGAUUUGCUGCGAGGGAUAUGCCGGCCCAGAUUGUGACAAACCCUUGUGUUUUGGGUCGACAUCAUGUUUGAACAACAACAGGUGUAUAUCCCCUAACAUAUGUAGCUGCAAAACGGGCUAUCAGCGUCCGAUGUGUCAAGAUACAAACGAGUGUUCCGCAAUUAAUGGCGGCUGCCAGCACGUCUGCACUAACAACGUUGGGUCUUUCUCGUGCUCAUGUAACAGAGGAUAUGUGUUAACGACUGACCUUAAAACAUGUGAAGACAUAGAUGAAUGCAACCAAACUCCGUUCCCCUGUGAUCAGCUAUGCCACAAUUUCCCCGGAUCGUACGAAUGCAGUUGUGAUACCGGAUAUUACCCAGACACUAGUUCAAACACGUGCAAAGACGUAAAUGAGUGUGACACAGGCAACCAUACGUGUGAUCACAUCUGUAUCAACACAGAAGGGGCAUACCGAUGUAACUGCCGAAAAGGUUUUGAGCCUCACGGUAAUGGAAGUGCAUGUACAGACAUAGACGAAUGUUUAGAAGAAACGUCUCAGUGUUCCCAGAAUUGUACUAAUACUCCCGGCAGCUACACAUGCAGCUGUGAGAAUGGUUACAUGCUUGGGACAGAUAAAUAUACCUGUAACAACACAGACGAAUGUCAAGGCGUCUCAUGUGAGAAUGGAGGAUUUUGUAUUGAUCUUAUUGGAGGGUAUACCUGCUCUUGUGCUAAAGGCUAUACAGGAAUGCUCUGCGAAAUCGACACAGACGAAUGUCAAGGCGUCUCAUGUGCGAAUGGAGGUUUUUGUAUUGAUCUUAUUGGAGGGUAUACCUGCUCUUGUGCAAACGGCUAUACGGGAAUGCUCUGCGAACUGGAUUUGAAUGAGUGCCUAGGAUUUCUAAAUGGGGGCUGCGAGGAUGAAUGUAUAAACACAUUCGGUUCAUUUGUUUGUAAAUGCAGCGGCAACAACACCUUGGACGAUAACGGCGGCACUUGUUCUGGUUCAACAGAACCAAGUGCAUUUUCCAAAUAUGGUUUAGUGCGACAGUUUCUACCCCGAGGCUGCUCAACAAUUCAGCUAACGAAAUGCAACGAGGGAGCUGAUUUUGAUAUUCUACUUUCAUCAACAUCAAAAUGGUACAGAUUGAAAACUGAUCAUAAAAUAAAGUAUACUUAUGGAAUUGUAUUUGUUGAAACAAACAAAAUAGCCCUUCCAGUGUCCAUAUCAGGAAUGGAAGUCGUCAUGGGAACUGACGAUUUUAAACUUAUAACCGGAUCUUUGUCACGCGAUGUCAAGGAUGGCGUUCCAUAUAUUGAGGAAAGAACGCUAAAUUGCUGGAGUUUCGACAUAACACCGCGAGAUGUUAGAGACUUCCUGGUUUCUAAUUCAUUUUUAUCAUCAUUCUUUCACAAUAUUGAAAAUUCAUUGCCUGAUUGGUUAAAAUUCUCCCCGAAUGGCAACAAAUCACUUGGUGUUAAUGAUUUGCAAACCGAUCUCCGUCGAGGGAGCGAAAUUCAACAGACAGAAUGCAAGGGGGCACCUUUGACCUCCGAUCGCCUUUAUACAGUUUUGAAGUUUGGCAACAGUUUUAAGAUGUCAAUCUAUGGUAAAGAAAUCACGUCACCGGCCGAAGUCAGUAAUAAAAAAUUCUGCAUCAUUGUUGAUGUCUGUCAGGUGAAUGGAGGAUCUGUAUUUCUAAUCCUUCCGGAAGAGUCUACGGACAAGAUCCAAAAUAAAUUUAACAACCCUGGUGUUUAUAUCAAGCCAACAGGACUAGGAUUUUCUCUUCAAAAACACAUUGACGUACAUGCAAAGUCAACACAUGUGCAACAAUGGAAUGGCGAUGAAGUAUUUCAGUACCCAGUGUUUCAAGAAUCAAAUAUAUGGAUUGGAGGCGAUGCUGUAUUGGUGACUCAAACAUUCCGAGUAUCAGUAAAAACGGCAAAUGUGUUCCUUUCAAUUCCGUCUCUAACAAAUAUAAUGAAAAGUUUAAUCCUCGAGGAGUGGCGUUUUGUGGCUCAAGCAUUUGUCGAUUUAGAAUUAACAUUUGUUACUGAGUUUGGAAAUCAAACUAUUCGAGGCGGAAGUACUGGCGAUGCUUAUGCUAUAGCUUCGCUUGGAGGAAAUAUUUCAAGAAGUUUUUGUGGCCGCCAUGCAAACCCUGCAGGAAUAUUCAUGUCGGUCAUUUUACACGCUAACACCUUUCUCGAUGCACCAGUUUUACAUAUUAUAAAACCAGAUAUCAAUGGUAAAGCCUAUGUUUUUCUUGCCAGUGAUCUAGAGGAUGAAGCUUACAACAAGAUAUUUUUUAAAGCAAAACAAGUACAUGAUUUGAAACACACAAGUGAGAGGUUGGUUUAUCUCUCGCAAGAUGUUUUAAAUAGAUACCAAACACUGUUGUCGAGCCAUUCAACCAAAUUGCUAAAUGUGGUUAUAACGACAGGGCAGACUCUUUUGGACAUUAUUCAAAACCUUUUACGUAUAGGCGAUGUACCAGAUAUUCAUGAAGUGAUUCGACUAAUAACUCGUGUGUGGCAAGAUGGCUGGACGCGAUUGCAAAACGACACUGAUGCAUUUUUGGAUUCCUUAAGAGAAAAUGAACAAAUUACCGAACACAACGUUACGCAGCGUUUAAAGGCAGUAACAAAUGCCGUUCAAAACGGAGUAAAUAUGCUGAUCAGUAAUGUGACUGAACAAGCUGCCUUGAAGUUCAAGGAAAUGAACGGAGCUGGACUUCGCUUUAAAGGCGAUCUCGAUAUUUUUGGAUUAAAAAUUAUCGGAGUAGAAAUUGAAUUUGUUUAUUCCAUAGAUAGUUUAGGAGCAUGCAGCCGGUUUGAGCGCGCGUAUAGUGUUCUAAAAGGGGAAAAUGCCAUCAGAGGUUUGGGUUUUGCCUCUCCAUUUUCUAAGCUCGGACGCUUCCUUGAAAUAGAAGCUGGUGUAGGAUUUGGGUUUGCAAUAAGCAAAGUUUAUAAUGGGAAGUUUGCUGUCAUGCUACGUGUAAAAGCCAGAUUUUUCGGAAUGAAGGAGCAAAGAGACCUUUUUAUAACGAAUAAGGGUGUGUAUUUAUACAUGGAAAGCAAUAUGUGGGAAACAUACAAAGCACAGCUACAAAUAUUUGCAGAACUGGGAAAUGAAUGGAACCUUUUGACGUUUGAUGUGAACGGAACAUUCGUAGCCGAUGACGAUGGAAAUGGUAGUUUUGAAGAUGGUUAUUUAGCUGCACUUCGUAGAUUUACAAUAACAAUUGCUGAUGAGGCAAAGAAUAGAAUCAGUAAAUUACAGGACAUUCUUACAAAGGCUCAAAGAGGGUUAACCUCUGCUCAGAACUGGCUUGAAGAUAAAAAGGCGAUAGUUCUUAAUACGAAUGAUCAAUUCGACGAUGCUGUACGUGCACUUGAUGAAGCAAAUAUUAAACUUGAAGAUGCAAAGAAACCAUUUCAUGACGCAUCAGGUAAAUUAAGAGAAGCACAAACAAAGGUUGACUCACUAUGUAAGAUAAAUGAAUGCAAAAAAAUCUGUAUUGGAGGAUUAAUAUGCAAAACUUGUCACAAACUAGUAUGGGGCAAAAGAGUAUCAUAUCCAUGUUGUAAGUUUACCAGCUGUAAGACUUCCCAUCUUGAUCCAAUCUGCGUUGGUAAUAACGUGCUUUGCAGAACCUUUCGAGCUGCUGCCUAUUCAGCACUAGAAAAUGCCAAGGGGGGUUUCCAUAUUGCAUUGUUAGCCUUUGAUGCUGCAAAAGAGGUAGUGUCGGCUGCACAAAUUAGUGUCGAUCGUUCGAGGGUUGUUUUAGACAUAGCUAUUGCUUCACUUGAUUCGGCUAAGCUAGGAUUAAAGGCAGCGGAAUCGUUAUUAGAUGAAGCAAAGAAAGCUCUUGAAGCUGUUAAGCAGGUAGUGAAAUUGGGUGUUUCUGCAUUAGAUUUCGUGAUGAAAUACGGAAUAGAAAAUAUCAUUGAUGUCCGAAAUUGCGGAUUUCAAGUAACACUUUCCACACAUGAUAUUACAGUUUUUGAUGUCCACUGCGAUGUUAACGCAUUUAACACUGGAUUUAAAACCAAAAAGCUAAGCAUCAAUUUUAAGGACAUUUUCCAAAGUCUGUUGAAUGCUGCAAAAGAAACUAUUACAUCUAUACUAAAUUCCAUCGAAAACCCCGGACGCAACCGACGACAUGUUGAACACGAAUCACUAAAUGUAUCGUACAAGCAGUAUAGACAAAUACGAGAUACCGAUUCAAAUGCUACAGAAACGUUUAAGAAUCAAACUAUUGACAUUAUUGCUGAAACGUUAGGCUAUACCAAUAAUCAGACGGACAAUGAAUAUGAUAUUAGAACCGAAAUAUUCCUACAAAAAUGUAUUAAAUUUAAGAACAUUCAUAGUUUCCUGUUUGACACUAUACAGUCAUUGCAUGCCAUGACAAGCGAAACUGCAAGCGCUGUGAUUAAUUCGACACUUGUACAGAAGGAUCUUGGACUAAAGGUUAAGCAUUCUUUUGUAAAUGCAUCGUUAACGGAUUUAGGAAUUGAUUCAAAUUUUGCUGAAACUGAGUUCAAUAUGAGCUUCACCGAAUUGACAAAAACCAUUGAUAUUGCUAAAGCAAACUUGUCUAGUAAUUUGUAUUUAUCGGAUGUUGAGAGCUUUUCUAGAGAUGCGGCUUCAAUGCUUCAAAAUCAAACCGAUGAUGCCAAUAUGAUUGAAAUUGUCAAUUAUUGGAAAAUCGCCAUGGCAAAUGUAACAACGGAAUAUUUCAACUCAGAAACGUGCGUCUCAUUCACGGAUUGUGCACACUACGCUGUUGCAUCACUUUAUGAAAUUGUAUUAUCAUCAUCGGACUUGCCCAAUAAAAACAUCAGCUUGCAAAGUAUUUCCGCCUUUGAGGACAUAUUUCUAACAUUGACUAGUAAUGAUUCACUAAAAAUCCUGGAAGUAUUCGAAAUGUCUGAAGGUCUUAUGGAUCACCUAGGUGCGAUAAAUGACGCCAACGUCUUCUGUUCUACCCCACCUACCAUACAGUAUCCACUAAAAAACGAAACAGUAGUAGCAGGGCAAACCUUACACCUUGCAUGCAACGCAACAGGAAGUCCUACGCCUACCUUCACCUGGUUUAAAAACGAUGAGCAAAUCACCACUUCGUCGACAAAUAUGAUAUUGACCUUCCAUAAUGUGACAUUUUCGGAUGAAGGUAGUUACCACUGUGUAGCAUCCAACUUGGUCACUAGCCUUCUCAUGAUGCAGGCGUACAUCAAUGUGAAAGAAAGAGAUGAAACACUUGACAUUUCAACCUUUACUUCAAACAUUGAAGAUGCGUUCCCAGUGACAUUGGCGGUGAUUCUAGCAACAGUUGCCCUUGUAUUAGCAGGACUUGUUGUUGCAUAUACUGUAUGGCGCUACAGAAUAAUAACUUCAGAGUCAAGGCAAGAGGAUGACGUGACUUUGACAGACUAUUAAGCGGUACAGGCAUCGCGCAUAGACAGACAGCAAUGUUCCUUUUGAUUAAUAGUCAUAGGAUCCAUUUUAAACAUAGGAGGAAGUUUUGCACUAUCAUUGAAAGUGAUAGCGAUUGACUAACGAACUUUUCUCAGUAUUGCAGAUACUUUUUUAAUACUAUAACGUUAACAAAGCAUCCGAAAAUUCACUUUCUAUCAUGUUGUUAAAAUGAUCGCAUACUGGGAAUUGACACUUUGUUAAUACUCGUAAAAAGUACCUCCAACAAAAUGUUAGAUUGUUUAAGACUUAAAAAGGCCUGAAACUAAUUCUUAUUUUCAAUGUUGUUUUUCGCAUGUAUUUUGAGCAUUGUAGAAUUUAUUAACUUGUAUCCUAAUAUAUAUGUGCAGUUUGAAUUGCUUAUUCGUACGUAGAAGCGGUGUAUAUUUUCAUAUAACUUCUAAACUAUCAUGCAAUGUACUACUUAUUUACAUAAGAUGUAUCUCAUACCUUCUGGAAUAGCUAGGUUCAUCAAUAUGUUUGUUUAUUACAGAUUUUAUAGUAUCUUAAAAAAGUCAUGUCGAAUAUGUUUAUUCUUAUGAAUGCCAUCAUAUGAUGUAAAUGAUGAUUGAAGUGUACUUAAGUUAACACAAGGAAACCCUUGCAAGUAUUGUGUUAAUCAAUCUGAAUAAGGGAGAUUUCAUUGUAAUGAACUUCGUAAAUGCUAUCCUUAAGAGUUCAUUCACCGCUUAUUAGUGUAAGUAAUGUAAUUUCGAGAAUAACCAUAUAAGCUUUGUAUAUAUCUUUAUAUUUGUAACGCAUACUGUUGGAAAUCUGAUGUUUUAUAUUUUAUAAGUUAUGGAGUUAGAAUUGACCCGAUAUAGGAUAUACGGGGCAAUGCAAAACCAUAUCGGGUGAGAGCAAAUCACGAGCUCAAUGAUUUGUUUACCCCCCAUAUACCCCAUAUCGGGUCGCCUACUAACCCGAAACGUAUAUGUCACGUCAACAGCCUGUUUUAUCGAUCAAGACGCCAUCACUUUUAUAUGAAAUGUUUCAUAUAUUCAUCGGAAACGGAAAAUAGACGCCAGUUUCGUAUGAUGAAUAGAUACGUGACCCAAUAUAAGAAAAUAUGGGGUCUCCGCCUGACCAGUUUUGGAACAAUGGCGUUGUGCCAUUGAUGUUGGAGGCGGGAUAUAAAUAUGUUGUAUUAUAAAAACCACCACUCAUCUCAACUGACUCUGUUGGCAAACUGUAUGAUUAAAGUGUACGUUUAAGAAAUAAUUUAUAUCCAUACUAACAGGUUGUAGAUAGGAAAAAGUAUGUAUAUUUGUGUAAUUCUUUCUAUUCUUUAGAAUCUUUAAUUGUUUGUUUGAGUGUUGACAGGGGUUGGAAUGUUUGCAACACAAUAAAAAAGCGUGUAUCUUUA